UGGUCCCGUUAUCAGCCACUCCAGGCACCGUCUCAGCUCCGGGAGUUUGAAACAUCGUCCAAGUGUCGAAGCGAAAUAAAAGAGUCGAUUCUUUUCAACGGGGGAACUUUACUGCAAUUUAUCCGCGGGAUUUGUGAGAUGUUUUUGUCGCCGAAGUGUUGGAUUUUCCUCGUUUUCCUGGCAGGUGUCCUUCCUCCCUGUUGCUUGGGCGUUAAUGUGUUUGUGAGAGAUGAGAGGAGGUACUCCGUGCUGUUCCAGUCGGUGGUGCUGCCGUGUCAGUACACCAGCGUGUCCACCCAGACCCCCGUGGUGCAGUGGGUCUACAAGUCGUACUGUCGGGAUCGCACGCGGGAUUCCUUCAGUCACUAUGACAACCUGGGUGGAGGCCUGGGAGGAGGAGGAGGCCUCACAGGUGCAACGGGAGGAGCCGGUGGAGGGUAUGAGACGGGAAUGAUGGGGAACUACUUGGACUGCUCCGACAACAGCCGGACAGUCCGAACUGUGGCCUCCAUCGCUGGUUCUUCAAUCACACUGUCAGAGUACUACAAGAACAGAGACAUCUCCAUCAUCAACAAGGCGGACCUGCGGAUAGGAGAGGUGCAGUGGGGAGACAGUGGAGUUUACAUCUGCAAAGUGGUGAUAUCGGAUGAUCUCGAGGGUCAGAAUGAAGCCUCUGUGGAGCUGCUUGUUCUUGGUGUCUCAGGUGUGCCUGAAGAUCUGCUUCCAGGCUUUGAUUUGAAGAUUAUGCCAGAGUGGGUGUUUGUGACAGCAGUGGUGCUGGGCAGUGUGUUAUUCCUGCUGUUGUUGGGGGUUUGUUGGUGUCAGUGCUGUCCUCACUCCUGCUGCUGCUAUGUCAGUUGCUGGUGCUGCCCAGACACGUGCUGCUGCCCCAGACACUUGUAUGAGGCAGGUAAGGGUAUUAAGACAGGCACCACCACCCCCCAGACACCUGCCUACCCUCCAUACUUUGUCUCUGGUGUCCCAACUAUGGUGCCCAUCGCUCCCCCCUCCCUGGUGGACAAGAUGUCCUCUGUCCCCCCCUCAGAUGGCAGCAUACUAACAGCAGUCCCGAUGCAUGCUGUAGGUGUUCCCUACCGUGUGCCAUCAUCUCAGGAUCAGAACUCUCUCAGGGUGCUACAGUAUGUAGAGAAACAACUGGCUCACUUCAACCCUGCGAGGUCGUCCAACCACCAGUCUUGCAGUCUGUCAGAGCUGAGCUCCCUCCAUGAUGGGGAACCUGGCUUUCGUCAAACAUACCGAAACAUCCAGCUGAAAGCUCUGCCCACCAUCCCCGACCAUAACCCUCAGCCUGAGCCGCAGCGCUACCGCGAGAACCGGAGCCCGGAGCCGCAACAUUAUCAUAACAAGGUCCCGUCACCCCAGCGUCAUCGUGAUGAGCACAGCUCAGAGCCCCGGCGGUGCCAGGAAGAACCUCCCGACUCUCCUCUGCGACGGUACAGCAACGAUCCUCCGUCCUCUUCGCAGUCUCGCAGGCUUGGCCGUGAUCAACAGAAACAGAACCACAUCAAGGAGGACAAUCACAACAGGUGGAACCCUCGUUCGGAACAUCUGCAAAGAAAAACGUACCGUACUGCAGGACGCUCCGGCUCUCUGGAAGAGCUAGAGGAGUUUGCUAGCUGUUACAAGCAGAGAGGAGGCAGAGGGGCAGGGAAGGAGGAGGAAGAGCAUGGAGACUAUGAGAGGGAGUUUCUUGAGUACAGUCGAUAUCCUUCCUACCGCAAUGGUCCAUCACAGCAUUACUACAAUGAUGAAAAUGGGCUUGAUGACAACGGGGACCAUGAAGAUCAUCCCAGACAGAGCAAGAAAAAUGAACGUAACAUAAGCCCACUUUCUUCACCGCAAAAGAGGAAGGGGAUAAGGGAUAGUGACCAUCCUGCUCCACCUCCUCUCAGAGUCCAUCCGCCGUCAACUUCCUCUCAAGAGAAAGACUAUGACGGCACGUUCCUGAACAGCCUGCUGGACCGUAAGUCUAAGUUGCGUGGAGUUGGCCAGGGGAAGAGUGGGUCCCGGGGUGAGGAAGAUUCAGACACACCCUCAAAGAGCAGCUCCAAAAAGAGCAGCGGGGAAUCUAGUCGGCACUGCAGCCGCUCACCCAGUAAUAGGCCUGAGGUAGAUUCACUGUCUCCAUACCCAGACACAGCGAGAAGCAGAACUGACCGGCCAACUCCGCGGCCGCUCCCCGCAAACCUGUGCCUCUCUCAGCCUCAUGCUUUCUCCCAAACCAAUGGCAGAGAGGAAACCAGAGACAAAUCCGUCAAAGUGAACACUCUUCUCAGCCGAGAUUCCCUCAUUGUCUGAUCGACUAAAAGCUGCACAGAGACUGAAAUCCCGGAGCAGACAGCAGAGCGUUACUGCCGCGACGCACAACACAAUUGACCCUGAGCGUGGAACGCUGACUCAGUCCUGAUAUGUGACGGAAUGGACAACAGAUAACGCAACUCUGAGUCUCCGGGGCUUUCUUGCCUGACAUCACCGGGCGAUGAAGUCAUCGCUGCUCAGUUUCUGUCACUGGCUGCCUCACGCACGUCUCAGCUGGACUAACAGUGGGUGAACUCGUUGGUGGGUGUGUGACUCAGCUUGACUCUGUCUCUCCGUAAGACGCUCUGAAGUAGAGGGACGGACUCUACGCCUGUAGCACAAUGAAUGCAUUCAGAAAGCAUAUAUCACUACACCAUUAUUGGAAAGGACAGUCUAUAGUUGUCAUUCAGCCAAUUCUUAACAUUAAAAUCAUUUAAAUAUUAAGUAAAGCUGAAGUGCUAACCAGUAUUACCAAAUGUUGAUAUGAUAUUGAUAUUGACUACACACCAUUUCCAACUGGAAACUGAAGUCCAUAAACCGUUCCGCACAAAAUUCCACAGACAAAACUGUCAUUUUUCGCUUGUAAGUGCCCAGAUGUUUUUAAUCUGCUCUUCCCUCCAAACACAGAUUUACUCCGUGGACUUUGGUGCAGGAGAUUGACAGAUUUUUAAGCUUCGGUUUCCAGCCAGAUAAGAAACUCUCUUAAGUAAGAUAUCUUCGACCUAAGCAGUCAUAGAUUUGAUUGAAGACAUGUUUUCACUGAGAUGCAUUUGUCAGUACUUCAUACAACCACGCAACAAAGGAACCGGAAUUAUCCUUUUAAAGGUACAGUAUGCACGUUUUGGAAACCUUUUCUAAUAUUCUAAAAUAUUAGAAAAGAGGAAAAACGCUCAUUCAUCAUUAGAAUUACAGUGUAUACUGUAUAUAUUCGAAAGUAUCACAGCACACAAACCCUUUAGUAUAGUUUAAAGCAAUGUUACAGCGUAAACAAAGCUCUAAAGAAGCCAAAAAAGAUGUGUACCCAAACUGUAGCAGUCACAAAAUUAUAAACUGUAAUUGAAUCAGUUUGAAAUGAUAUUAUGUGGGAUUAAUGCCAAAUACAGAGAGCUGCAUGGACAAAAUGAUCAACUAAUGGAUUCAUUCUGCUAAUAUCAUCUUUAUACUGUAUCUGUUACUUAAUUCUUCGCUCAUGAAGUCCUAUGUGAUUGGAACCGUUCAUUUUCUUGUAUUAAAUGUAUUAGUAUUUGCACAACACGACUCUAAGGGAACUGAAACUAAACCUUGAUGACAUUUUGUACAAUUUUUUUUUUAUUCUUCAAAAUAUUGAACUACCUUCUGUAUUUAUGUGUGAGGUGUGAUAUGAUCCUUGUAAUGUGGAAAUGAUCGUGUUUGUCUCAAACACUCCAGUGUGACUGUGUACAUAAGAUGAUGAAGUGUCUUUGGUUUGA